GUGUGGUUUGAAUGCCAAUAAUAUGUAUUCAUUGACAUUUUAUAGGUUCAGAACGAAAUAAACAUUUUAUUGGCACUAUCACGGUGAUAAGUUUUUCUUAUGAUUAUUUUUCAUUGAAUACAAUUGUUCUAAUAGUUUCGAAUAUCCUCUAAAAUUAUCCGUCUUGCGAAUUUCUCAGCUGUAUACUUUGCAGUAUACCAACGGCGUAUACAAUUUGUAAAACCUACAAAUAUGAAUUCCUUCAAAUUAAUUUUGUUUUUCGUUUCUACUCUUGUCGAAAUAAGUAAUUUCAUGGUGAUUACAAGAUUGUACUACACAAUUAUUUUACUACGAUUGAACGCUAUAUGUCAAGAUUGGGCCGAUAAGAUGGUGAAACAAAACAAAGCAUCUCAUCGUUUUAACAAUGAAUAUGGUGAAAAUAUUUACACUAUACUGUCAAUACUGUCAACGAACAAAGUAACUGAAUUGGGUGUUAAAGCAGUUGAUAGUUGGUACAGUGAAAUAGAAUUUUUUGAUUUUCAAGGAACGAACACGGAAAUGGAUGCUUCUACAAAAGCCUUUCACUUCACUCAGCUGAUAUGGAAAGGUAGUAGAGAGCUAGGCGUUGGUGUGUCCAAAUGUUCUAAAAGUGGUCAAAUUUAUUUAGUGUGCAAUUACAAUCCACGGGGAAACUUCAGAUCGCAGUUCAAAGAAAACGUAUUGCCACCCCACGAAUUAUGACUUUAAUUGAAACUUUAUGGAAUCGAUUUCGAUAAUGCUACGUCAAUAAUACGUUUCACAGCUAAAUCGUCUUAUGCAUGGAUAAAUAAUGUAAAACGUGAUACAAUGAUAUUAUUU